UCGAGACAUCUGAUUGGCCCCAUCAACCAGGAAGCAGACAGCCGCACCCACACUGCCGAGCUGCGUUCACAAGCACAAACACACAGACAUCAACAAGCGACUCGUUAAACACUAAAUAUUCUGAAACAUCAAAUACCAAGAAGAUAUUUUUCGAAGAAAUUGAAUAGAUACAAUUUCCUUGUCUAUUCAUCAAGCUGGUGCAUAUAUUUAACUCAUCGCACGACUGAUUUACAACUGUUUCGGUAGGAUAAACGUUGUUUGGCCAAGCAUGGCUUCUCGUGGGAAAUCCGAAACUGGAAAGUUGAGGCAAAAUAUGGAAGAGCAACUUGACAGAUUGAUGCAGCAGCUUCAGGAUCUGGAGGAAUGCAGAGAGGAACUGGAUGAUGAAGAGUAUGAAGAGACAAAAAAAGAAACCCUGGAACAGUUGAGUGAAUUUAAUGACUCCCUGAAGAAGAUCAUGACAGGAGACAUGACACUUGUGGAUGAGCUCAGUGGAAUGCAGCUGGCAACCCAGGCUGCCAUCAGCCAAGCUUUCAAAACCCCAGAGGUGAUCCGGCUCUUUGCUAAGAAGCAGCCAGGACAGCUGAGAAUCCGACUAGCAGAGAUGGAUCGAGAUGUUAUGGUGGGGAAACUGUCGCGGGAUGUGUUCACGCAGCAGAAAAUGGAAAUUCUCACAGCCUUGAGAAAACUUGGAGAGAAGCUCACUGCAGAGGAUGAGACUUUUCUCAUCGAAAAUGCUACAGCUUCCUUAAGCCAGUUUGAAAAAGUGACUGCAAAUUUAGGCUCUGAAGACAAAAUAAUGGCUUUAGCUAGCUCUGGUGUGAAAACCAAGGCAUAGUCAUUUUACAUAAUGUUCAUUUUUAACUCAGUGAAUUUGUUUUAACUAGAAAAAAGAAAAGUGCCAAUUGAUUGUUGAUUCUGUAUACAAUCAGUCCUCUUUUAGGUGUUGCUAUAGAAGCUAACACUUUUAACCAGUUUUGCAUUAUACUCCUCAAUGUUUUUAAAUGUAUUUUCUUUUAUUUUAGAGGAGUGUAAAAUUGUAUUUUUGAGGUACGAGAGUUGAUUCUGUUUUUAUGAAUGUAAAGGAUAGUCAAGGCCUUCAAAGAAAAACACUCUGCUGUGAUUUUUGUUGUAUUUCUUACACUAUUGUUGAGUCUAUCCGUCCUCAAAUCUGUAAAUUCUGCAUUGUUGUUUUUAAGAGUGUUGAUUUCCUAUGAGUGCUGCAAUUAUUCAUUGUGUCAUUUUAUUUUAACUAAACUGUGCUGUUUAGAGGGAUUUGGAACAAACAAAGUAACUGUAACACUUUUCUGCCAAAACAUAUCUGACAAUCACCUCCACAAGUCAGUACCUGAAUCACAAAGGGUUUUAUAUUUUUAUAUGACAUAAUAACAGACAACACUUGCAAGAUAGGAUAAUAACAAAGACUGAUGGCUUAAAUGAGUAACAGCUCUCUGACAGAAAUAGCUGGAAACCUGUUAGAAUAAUAAGUAAACACUGCAGUAGCUACUUCAGAUUUAAAUUUGCAUGUGUCAGUAAAAUAUACUUAUUAUAAGUCUGCAUGGAAACUGCAUCCAUCCAUUUCAUCCAUAGUGAAAUCAGCACCAAUCUGGACUGAAAAAAUAUGAUCAGAUGAGACUUUGGCUAGUUUGCUUGCUCUGUGAUUGGAAUACCCCGGUUGGAUUAGUCGCCAUCUGUGAACCAUUGUUGAGGACCUUGUGAUGGUUUCAGCAUCCAACCCAUGAGAGUGAUUGAGUCUGAUUAACAGUCUGUGAGAAACGGCCAGCAACAUUAACAUUUACACUACCAGAUGAAGCCUGCACUUUUGUUUUUGUUGUCAUGGUAAAAUGAUAGAGAUCCACGGUUUAGAAACAAGAAAGGAUAAUGAAAUCAAAACAACUCUUCAAUCACUAAACAUGAGUGAUUGAGAUGUAAAUACCAAGGGGCUGAAUGGAGUAGAGUUUAUACUACAGGACAAUCUCAAAAAGCAAAAUGAAAGAAUAGGAUAUGUUCACACAUUUCAGAAUAUGCAUCUAUGACUAAACUUUGAUAGCUUAUGGAUGUUUAUUUGGUGUCAGGAGUUUCUAUUAUUUUCUCCACCCUCUAUGUAUUCAUUGAUUAUCAAAAAUGCUAACGUGUGCUUCAAUUGACGAGUGUUAUAUGUUUGCAGGAAUCAACUUCAUUAUUGGAUUGUAUUUUAAGUUUGACUAGUUGAAUCUAUUUAAAUGUUUACAGUGUCAGACAUGAUUGAUAUUCAGCUUUGAAGACAUGUUUAUUUGAAUGUGAGCAUGAAGAAAAAAGAAACAAA